CUAACUCAAUACUCUAAAUAGUAGUUGAUUGGUUCUGCUUGAUUUGUAUGCAUAUUUAAGUAUUACAAAGGAAUAUCUGGGCCGGAUAUAAAUUCUUUGGGAUUGUUUUGAGAAGUUAGCGUUUACCUUUAAACAAAUUUUGAGUGGUGCAGAAAUACAGACCCUUCUGUUGCUCUGGAUGUGGAGUUUAAAGUAGUGUCCUCGGGAGGGAAGCAAGAGUUUUCAGAAAUUUUCUCUUUUAGCUGUCUGAUUUCUCUGUGCUUUGAUGCUGAGAGAAGGGAGUAAAAGGAUACAAUUGAUUUGCUAUUAACUAUAGUCCUUGCAUAGUCUCAUUUUGCAAACAUGCAAGUGGUAAAGUCUGGAGGUCCAUCUUCAGGUUUGGGAAAUUUGUCCUGGAUUUAUGGCUAAUCUGGCCACGUUCUAAAAACCAUUGGAAUUAUAGAAACACUUAGAAAUUCCAGUGAGCUGCAUCGUGUGGGUUUGUGUACCACGAGAUGUGUCUGUUCCUUGCUUUAGGGUUGCUGUAAAAUCAAAUGUGAAAAUUACUCUUAAAAGCACCUCUUUAGUGCCUGUUAGCUGGAAUUGACAUUCAGUUAAUGUUUCUUUUGACACAGGGAAGGUGAAAUGGGGGGGAAAAAUGUAGGCUAACCUUGUUUUGAAGUUGAUUUUGACUUUUUGAGAUGCUAACAGCUUUCUGUUCUUUGCAAAUCAAGUACAUUGUUCAGUAAAAAUGUUUGACAUUGCAAUUGUCUUGCAAAGUUAAACUUGGUAUUUAUCCUAUUUUAGAUGAAGGGGUGCUGGACAAAGACUGAAAAUAAGUCUUUGUCUUGGAUAGGCAGAUACAACCAUGGAAAUGUCUGGCUUGUAAUUAUACGUGUGUUUGCCUGAGAACUCAGAAGUGAAAACCUAAAUAAUAAUUUUUGCAAGCAGCCUUUAACUUAAUGAAUAAAAUUAUCUUAUGCUUUCUGUUGUCCUUCUGUCCCACUGCUGCUGCCAACCCUCCUUUUUAGGCAUUUGGGACUGACCCGAGUCUCUGUUUAGCUGUAUUGUAAAUUUUUAUAACUGGCAAUUUUUAACAGGCUUCUUAACACUGUUGUACUUGAUAUUCCAGAACCUACCGGCUAAGGCAGCUUUGUAUUAAUGGGAGAACUCUGAAAAUUAUCUAUUCUUCUAGGAAAAAAGGAUGGAAAUACUGAUGUUUGACCUCUGGUGCAAGCAGUGAUAUUCUUCAGAUGCAAACUUAAGUAGGUUUAACCUGCUGUUCUGGAAUGGAAAUUUGUUCAUUAGCCGUAGUGAAAGAGCAGUGGAUUUGAGUGAUGUGAUCUCUUCUGUAAUACCAUAUCUUGCCUGUUGAGAUAUUUAAAAAUAUAAAAGGUGUUGUAGAGUACUGAAGUACUAAUGCAAAUGAUUGCUUUCUUAGUGAGAAGGUGCUGAGAAUUCUGCAAGUGGUGUGAGGAGUGUUCCAUAAAAGCACCUUAAGCUUAGGUAACAGCAGAAUUGUUUUUAAACAGCAGGUUUAUCCCAGUGUGAUGAAGUAAGUGCAGGUGGAAAUGCUUCUACACUGAAAAGCUGUCCAUUUGAAAUGAAUAGGUGCUACUUGGUGUUUGAUAUUCUUCAAAAGUGUGGGAAGAAAACUGUUCAAGUCUUGGAGCAAACCCCUGCUCUAAACUGUCUGAGAACUGUAUAGGGAAUGCAGUGCAGGUGAGCUGAAGAGGAGCAUCUUACAGCCACAGCACAGUGACAGCUUUGGGGGGUGAUAUUUGGGUGUUUUGACUGCCAAUUUUGUCCUUUAGAAGUGAAGUCAUGAGUUAAGAUUUUCCUCUGGGUUUAUAGUCACCUGCAUAUUUGGAUCAGUUUGUUCCAUGCUGCUGGUAACCACUGCAUUCUCCUGACUGCUGAGGGCCCCUGGGGAAACUCCCUGGGCUUCAUCUAAGUGUCCUGAAACAGAUGCAUAUCGAGCUCUGCACACAUUCACUGUUACUACUGAUCCAAAUGGGAUCUGCCCUCCCAGCAAAUAUUUCAAACCCACUGUUUCAGCCAGCAGGCUGGUGCCCAGGAGUGUCCACACCUUGUAAGCUGAGAGUAUCAUCAGCUUGGUGAGAGGCAGGACUUGUUUCCAAGCAGUGCUUUCGUCAGGACAAACAGGGAGAGCUGGGAGAGCGCUUGCUGGGCAACUUCUUCACACUGCUGAAGAACAGCUGAGAGGUGCAGGUGCUGAAUGCCUCAAACAAGGAGAGUCUGGGCCUUAAGAGGAACUAGGUUGCUGCCUUCUAGAAAUUUUAUUUCAAUUUUCUGGGUUAGGGAAGCAGGGAAAUGUCAGUAAAAUAGGCUUAAAUUGAGAUCAUUAGUGUUUAAUUUGUGGAACUGCAGUUUUACAAAAAUAUUACUUAAUUUUGCUUUCUUAAUCAGCUUGCAUAGCUUUAAGCAUUGUAGGACAUUUAGAUCAGGAGAAGAAAAAUUUGGAUUUGUCAUGAAAGGAAAGCUGAUCCUACAGAACAGUAAGUGUAAUUUGGGUUUCAGCCAUGUAAAAAAAAAUAUAUCUCUCGGUUAAUAAGCAGAAUUGGUUGCAUUCAAACUUUGUACUUACUGGUGUUCUGUGCUGAUUUCUUCUUUGCAAAAUACCAUGGUUUCUUGCCUUGAUGAAUGUUGGUUUUCUUAACACCUUCACUGAUAAGUUUACCUGUUUUUGCCAAUCUUUAGAGCCAACACAGCCGAGAGCUUCAAGUGGUUUGGACUUUUAUGUCAACAGAAUGGUUUACCAUGUUCUGUUACUGGUGAUUCCUUGUUGCUGGUGAUGGGUGAGCCUGAAAAAAUACAGCUUUACUUGCACAUCAUAGGCUCCUCUUUAGCCCAUUGUGCUGAAGACCAGAGGUUCUGCCUCAUCAGGAGUCUCUGUUAGCAAUUCAAGUUGGCUGGAGAAUGGAAGGGGUUGAGUUUAAGGAAGAGUGGCAAGAUGAAGAUUUUCCAAGGCCCCUACCAGAGGAUGAUCCUGUUGAGUCUGAUGCAUUGGCUACAGCUGGAACAGAAAGUGAAGCUGAUACAGAGGGUAAUGGAACCAAAUUGAGGAAGAAAUUAAUGGCUCCAGAUAUUAGCUUAACUUUGGAUCCCAGUGGGGAAUCCGUUUUUUCUGAUGACUUGGAUGAGAGUGGAGAGAUUGAUUUGGAUGAUUUAGAUACUCCUUCAGAAAACAGCAAUGAAUUUGAAUGGGAAGAUGAUCUUCCAAAACCAAAAACUACUGAUGUUGUUAGGAAAGGAUCACUGGCUGAGUAUGCUGUGGCAGAGGAGAAGGAUGAUGGUCGGCGCUGGAGAAUGUUUAGGAUUGGGGAACAGGACCACAGGGUGGACAUGAAGGCAAUUGAACCGUACAAAAAAGUUAUCAGUCAUGGUGGUUAUUAUGGUGAUGGGUUAAAUGCCAUUGUUGUGUUUGCUGUUUGCUUCAUGCCUGAGAGCAGCCAGCCUAACUAUAGAUACCUAAUGGACAAUCUAUUUAAGUAUGUAAUUGGCACUUUAGAGCUGUUAGUAGCAGAGAAUUAUAUGAUAGUUUACUUGAAUGGUGCAACAACACGGAGAAAAAUGCCAAGUUUAGGAUGGCUUAGGAAAUGUUACCAGCAAAUUGACAGAAGAUUAAAGAAAAAUCUGAAAUCGUUGAUCAUAGUGCAUCCUUCCUGGUUCAUCAGAACCCUCCUGGCCAUCACAAAACCUUUUAUUAGCUCAAAAUUCAGCCAAAAAAUUAGGUAUGUCUUCACCCUGGCAGAACUAGCUGAACUGAUCCCCAUGGAAUACGUUGGCAUCCCAGAAUGCAUAAAACAAGUUGACCAAGAGCUGAAUGGAAAGCAAGAGCAGAAAAGUGAACAGUAAGUUUGGAGUCCAAACAAGACUGAAGAAUACGCAGAUGGAACAAUGCCAUUUGUGCUUCAUUACAGUGCAUUCUCUGUGUCUAUGUAUUGUAUAAUCUGUUGCAAAAGGUGCUUUGGACUAGCACCCAGUGAACUGCUUACUGCUGUAUUGGUUUGUCUUGACUUUAGUUGCUGUUUAUGUAAUCGUUUUAUACUGCUAAAUGGCAAAGAACCCUAUGUUUUCAGAGGAUGUUCUUGCAACCGUUUAUCUAAAUGAUGCAUGUUCUUCAGUAAAAUAUUUAUAUACCUAAAUGUUAAAGGAAAGAGAUAAUAUAUAUAUUUUUAUGACUGAGCAAUAUAUUGUGUGUACCUGCUGAAGGAAUUCAUUUGCAGGUAGACAAGGCUAUAAGUUACUUGUUAUUGUAUAAAUCUGUUUUGCUGUAAAUGGUCAAGUGCAUUUCUUUGUUGUCAUGAAAACUUGUUUGGAUGUUAACAAUCACAUAACUUGGCUUUCACAAAUACAGAGAUCCUUAUUUUUGUUCACUUAACCUUAUAGAAGCUCACUCCUUUACCUCACUAGAGUGAGCUUCAACUUUGGUGUCAUCAUUCAAGAUGCAGAACUGCAGCUCUGUGGGUGGCAGUUGGCCAUGAGGUUUAAGCCUAAGCCACAAAAGCUGAACUGUGUGACUGGUAAGAUACCAGACCUUCUACAGCUGAAGUUGUGAAUUUAGAUUCUGCUUCAGUACAUCAAGACUGUCUCAGCUAGCAAUAGGAAAUUAGUUCAUUGCAGUUCUUCAUGGAUGAAUCUUGAUUGUUACUGAUAGGAACUCUGUCAUGCUCUCUGGUUCAUGGUAGUACUUGGGAGCUACACAGGUAUUCUAGCCACAAUACCAUUUUUUGGGGCAGAAAUAUGAGAAGUCUUACGCUACCUGUAUCAUUCUUGUAGAUGAAACAUCCAUUUCUAAAGCUAUUAGGCACAUGAUACCAGCACUAAUUGAACUUUUAAGAUGUGUUUUAAAGGUUGGGGUGUUUUCAUUCACCACAAUGGUGGUAAAUCCGUGUCUGUAAAAGGUUUUUUUGGACACAAAACUAGUGUUUAGGUUUACUGGGAUAACAGUAAUGCACUGGUUGAUACCUUGUAAAAGUUUGUAACAUCUUUUGAUAAACAUUGCAUUUUUCAUGUAAGGGCAGGUGUAUGCAAAUAAAUUCAUUCAGGAGUUGAGCAAUAUAAUGUUGUAGCAAGUAUAUUAAAUCUUUGCUUAUGGUGUUUAUUGUGCUCACAUUUUGUUCCAAUGCCAAAAAAGUAACACUUUUUAACUAUAUUUAAUGUUACUCAGUUACCUUAUCAGAAAAAAAAAAAGUUAUCUUCAACCAGAUUUCUACCUGAAAGUGAUAAAUAGCAGUUGUGAAAUAUUCCAUGGUCAAGACUUACCAAGUAACAAUCCACUGUCUCCAGUGAUACCUGUAUAGACUGAGAGCAUGUGGGAUGUCAGGUGAGGGAAAUCUGCUCAUGUCUCUGGAAGUUUAUUUAAAUCUGCAGUUCAGAUACUUUCAUCUCAAGCUCUUAAGUCCUUUUGUUGCAGUAGUUUCUGUAUCAGAGUUUGAAGGAGAUUGACAGGCAGGGUGUGUUCACACAACAAUACCAAUGCCAGGUUACCUUGCAUCCAUUCCAUCAGGUUUGAAACUUGCUCUGAAAGCAGAAGACAAAUGCACUUUCUUUGGGGCUGUCUUAUGUCCUGCUUCAAUUUUGAUGUUGACUCAAAUUAAUAUAAAGUUCAAGUCAGUACAUGGAGCACUUGCAGCCUGUUUACUUCCGAUACUUUCACAGUGUGGUCUGUACAACCAUGCAAAUCUGAUUUUUACUGCGUUUGCAUGUGUCCUAAGCUAAACAGGAAGCAUUCUGAUUAUCUCAUUUCCAUUUUCUCCUAAUUGAUAAAAAGAUUAGUCUCGAUAAAAUUAUAUUCUUAGUGGAGGGACUGUAAUUCUCUAUGUCCUGUGGCUUCCUGUGUGUAUAGUGCAGUACAGAGUUCCUCUGUAUAUGCCACAUUUACCAAAUGAUGGGAUUGUUACUGUGUUUCCUGGUCACCAAGGAAUCUGCAGUUUCCUGCUGCAGUAAUAUGAUUUCUUUUGGAAAUGUGUAUGUGCUUAUAAAUGGUUUAUUUCUCUAGUAGAAGUUGUUGUGAAUGAGUAUACAGCACAACAGUUGUUCUGUCUCUAAAGAUUCGUAGCUUGAGAAAGAAGUGGACUAAAGAAUUACUCCCCUCUGACUUCCUGCAGCUCAUCAUUUAGUGGUGAGGUGGGUGUUUACAAAAAGCAAAGUGGUCCCAAAGCUAUGGAUAAUGUUUUGUCAAACUUAACUUUUUUGAAAUCUAUAAUAUAAUGUAAUAUAUUUUAAUAUUUAAAAACCUGAAAAGUUGGAAUGUCAUACUUUAAUAAAAAUUAUUUCAAAACUUGAAUCACUUUGUGAUAAGAUACAGUAUUGUAGGGAAUUCACCUUUCAAUGGCACUUCCUUCUAAAACUAAGAGUAAUUUUGCUAGAAUUUGGUGAGCCCUGACAAGAAAAAAUUUCAUGAGCCACUGAUUUACCUCUGAUUUGGAGGUUUCAUUAAUUUAUAUAUAUUUAUACAUGUAGUUAAUGAGUCAUUACCUAUCUCAUUAUUGCUGUGCACAACUGAAAUAGAGACAUUUGGGUCAGUGGCCUCUUGAUGUGACAUUUCCUAAUGAUUUCUGCAGGGUAAGUCCAGAAGUGGCAAAGAGAUUCUGGAGAAAAUGACAUUAAAAACUGGUGUGAGCAGACUCUGGAUUUGCUUGAAUGUUCUUGAUCUGUGUAAUAUGGCAGAGCCACGUUCUGUUGGAGGGUAGUGGGAAGGGAUGUAUAAUGAUUUAGUGCUGAAGCAGAUUGAAGUCAUUGAGGUUCUGGGAUGUUGAAAUGAAGGACUUUUAUUCCAAAAAGCAUCAAACUAGUUAGAAUAACUAGUAACCUUGUUCAUAACAACGCAGUUUGGUGUAUUUUUUUCCUUUAGUCUCAGUAAGCGAGUGAAAAACAGUCCCAGCUGCUGUGAGGAACAUUGUACUGAGAGACAGUAGGUACACUCUAAAUUGCAGUCCACUAAGAUAUUAGCGCCUGUAUCUGUUCCAGCAACUUUGUUGCAUCAUACCCUAAAUUCUCUAAUGACAGUUUAAAACUCUCAGCAGUUAAUUGUGUCAUACUUCAAGGUUAGAUCACAUGUGGUAGCAAUGAAAUCUUUUAUGAAAUGGCCUCAAAAUGUGUCAUGGGGAGGAGAAAAGGUGUCCUUGGUGCCUGGUCACAUCAGCUUCACUGAUGCUGUCUGCUGAAAUGUCUGUAGUUGACUGAAAAAUAUUGAACUACAUUGUGAGUAGGCACUUUAUUAACUAAAUCUGUCACAAGGUAGAUAAAGUUUCUUGGUUAAAAAUG